GUUGCCCACCACUUUAUCUUUUUGAAAAUCAGUAGUAAAAUGUCUCGAAGCGGCGACCGUUGUUCUUUACUGUUGGACCAGCUUCUCUUUCUGUUCAACUAAAUGAAAUUGUUCCGAAACUACCCCUUGUUUUUUUAGCGGAUUGUCGACUCAGCUGUGCAUGUCUAGUUUGUACUCCGUAUUUACCUUGUUCUAAGUCUUAGAACUGAUGCAUUACAAUAAUUUGUCGUGCAUAAAGAUUAAGUAUAUAAGUCGUUUAGUUAAUUAUUAUGAUACUUUGUGCAAUUUCAAUUGAUAUUUGGCUAGUUGGAUUUGUUUAUCCAUGGGUCGGGACGUCGGGUAUCCGUAGCCAAGUACAUGGGUGCUCUCUUUUACUACUGUGGCAACAAUUGACUAUCCCCAACUACAACUAUUCCAGUAUUUUGUCACUCUUUACAGCCCACGGGCAUUGGCCCUUCCUGUCUAGCUAAUUUCAUUUUGUUUUGGUACCAUUACCUGUUUCACUAGAUUUUAUGUCUUUUCAUUAACUCAUUCCCUACCAAAUUAGCCUUCUUUUGUGCACCUAAGUAACCUAACACACACACACACAACGCACACGCACACAAUCGUAGUGUAUUCGGUAUCAGAUUCUCACAUCACUCAUACGUCUUGGAAAUGUGAACGCAUAUUUCUAAAUUUACAACACUGUUGGUAUUUCAUGCUUGUAUCUGUUCAUAUGUUUUACAGGUAGAUCAUGGAAUAAUCUACCUAUUUAAAAGUUUAAACACUAGGAUAUGUGCAAUGCUCCUAGUACCAAGAGAAUAUUAUUUGAAAAUUGGAAUUGCCAACUUUAUAAGAUUUGAAAGUGGGGGAGAAUAAAAGAAAUAGUGAUCAUUUUAGAUUUAUUUUAAUACAAAAAAGAAAAUGGUGGGUCUUCUCUUAAAUUUCAAGUAAAGAGCUUCGUUUUACUUUGUGGGUGUAAGUGAAUUAAACAAAUCCAAAGCCGUGAAAAUAUUAGAUUACUCAAGGUUUGGAAUAGCAGCCUUUUUGUACCUUAAUCGCACGAUUUGUAGCCUUAAUCGCACGAUUUGUAGCCUUAAUCAUGAAAACAACUAAGUCUAAACCCGUCCUAUUUACGAUUUACUCCUACUAAACAAGUGGGUACAUAAUCAUCAUUGUUAGGAAAUGAUAUCAAAAUCUUCUACCUAGUGUUGCCUACUUGCCUUACUUGUGUUGUAGGCCCCUAUGCACAUUAUGUUACUUGUUUAAAGCAUCCAAAACCUGCCAAAGACGCUCAAAACUCGUACAAUUUUACCGUCGGUCUCGCUUGGGUCUGCUAUGAGCUCUUUGGUAGAUUAGGGUAGCUCCCUUAAAACGAAACGUUGGCUUGGGUGUUGUGUGCUCACAAGCUUCUUUCUGCAAAAGGCUUGCGCCCUUAUUGCUAGAUAGGCAACAAUUCGCCGCACGAUGUGGUGGCAUUCGAAUGUAACUGUUAUAAGUGGAUAGCUUUUAAGGUUCGCCUAAUUCCUUUCUAUCAUAUGGAAUACUAGAAGAAAAUAAAAUUCUCAUGGGUAACAAAUAAUUAUUGGGCGAAUAAUAAAACGUAAAUGGAAAUCCAAGGUAACUACAAUCACUUUGAUGGGGCUGGUUGUACGGGGUGCCCUACUUAUAGGGAAUCCUUUUGCAAAUAUAGAUAAAAAACUCCCUAAGGCUAGUGAAACUCAAUCGGCUUAUUGACUAUAUUAAGCCAGUCGACUUAAUAUAAUAGAUAAUGUCAUGUUAGUCCUAAGGACAUAAGUCACUAUCCUACAAAUUUUAGACCAUAUCACGAGUACCGAUCGUCUGCCUAUAUAUGUGGAUCAUUAUUUACUGUCAAAUGUACGUAAUCCCACAAUCAUAUAUAGGUUACGAUCGUAAGUCAGGACAUAGAGGAGAGAAGAUCGUAUCGGUCCCAACAAUGUUCAAAAUCCUCAACCAGACCAAAACCAUCGUAAUUGAGAUGGAGAUGAUUCGUAAAGUGGGAAAAUUAAAAGCAUAUUCCAACCGCCUGAAAAAUACAAAACUUUUUAAACCAAAAAAUAAAAAACCACCUCACCAUUCAACAUCUCUCUAUUCUCUUUCUUCUUUCUCAAAAAAGAGUCUCCGGUCUUUGUGUAAACCUCUUUCGACUCGCGUUUUCCCCCUUCCUCCUCCUCCUCUCUUUCUAUCUGAUUUUCUCUCUCCCAAAAAUCUGGAUUUGGAAUCAAUCAAUCGAUCAAUAAUAUCUCCAAUUCCGAAGAAUCUUACAGAUGAAACGCUUCCGUCAGGUUGCUGUUUUACUUCACUCCGGCGAGAUGAUCCGCUGAAACACCUCUUAAAUCACCAUAAUUGAUCGCAUCAUAUCACAUGAUUCAUGCUUCCUUUCUGCUGCGUUUCUCCAAUCUCAAAUCCUGACCACUCUCCAAUGCCAGCCCAAUCUUUCUCCUCUGCAGAUGCUUCGCUGAUUCGCCCUCCUCUAACUAACGGCCACGAUUACGCCGCCGCGGUGAUGAGGAGAGAGAAUAUGAGCACCGCCACCAUCAGCGGCAAUCCGAAUAACCUAAAUCAUAAUCACAAUACCAAUAAUAUUAACAAUCAAAAAAUGUCGAUGGUGGAUCAAAGAGAAGUCAUGAUUAACGAUAUUGUUGGAAAUGGGAUAUCUGGAAUAUUGUAUAAAUGGGUUAAUUAUGGAAAAGGAUGGAGACCGAGGUGGUUCGUGUUACAAGAUGGAGUUGUUUCUUAUUAUAAAAUUCAUGGACCUGAUAGAAUCACCCUUACUAUGGAGUCCGAGAAAGGUUUCAAGGUCAUCGGCGAUGAGUCUAUGCGUAGGAUUCGCCGUCACCGGCACUCGUCUUCGUCUUCACACGCCCUCCGCCGUAAGCCCUUCGGUGAGGUUCACCUUAAGGUUUCAUCGAUCCGGAAGAGCAGAUCGGAUGACAAGAGAUUUUCCAUUUAUACCGGCACAAAGAGGCUGCAUUUAAGAGCUGAAACUCGCGAGGAUCGAAUGGCUUGGGUGGAUGCCUUGCAAGCUGUUAAGGAUAUGUUUCCUCGAAUGUCCAACAGUGAGCUCCUGGCUCCUAUUGACAAUGUUGCUCUGUCUACUGAAAAGCUUAGGCAACUGCUUCAAGAAGAGGGUGUCGAUGAAGGAGUCAUUCAGGACAGUGAGCAGCUAAUGAGGGCUGAGUUUGCGGAGAUGCAGAAACAACUUGUUUUGCUCAAGCAGAAGCAGUGGAUGCUCUUUGAUACGUUGCGUCACUUAGAGACGGAAAAGGUGGACUUGGAGAAUACAGUUGUUGACGAAAGUCAGAAGCAGUCAAAAGAGCAAGGGUCAACCUCCAAACCAAAGCAAGAUAAAUCUAGCGAAGCAACUCCAAGCGAUUCUGAUGAUGAUAAUGAUAGGGCUGACGCAGCUGAGGAAGACACCGAUGAAGAUGAAAACACCUUUUUCGAAACACGGGAUUUUUUAUCAUCAAGUUCUUUCAAAAGCAGCGGGUCUGAUUUGAGAAUAUCAUCUUUUUCCUCUGAUGAUGAUGACUUUCAUGCUGCUGAAUCUGAGGAGGAUAUUGAUCAUUCUAUUAAAGAUGCUGUAGCAGACUUUCCUUAUGUUAAACGGCGUAAGAAAUUGCCUGAUCCUAAGGAGAAAGAGAAAGGAGUUAGUCUUUGGUCUAUGAUAAAAGAUAAUAUCGGGAAAGAUCUUACAAAAGUUUGUCUGCCUGUGUAUUUCAAUGAACCAAUCUCUUCUCUUCAAAAAUGCUUUGAAGAAUUAGAGUACUCAUAUCUCCUUGACAGGGCAAAUGCAUGGGGGAAGCAGGGAAAUAGCCUUAUGAGAAUCCUCAAUGUAGCUGCAUUUGCUGUUUCUGGAUAUGCUUCUACUGAGGGGCGAACCUGCAAGCCAUUUAAUCCAUUGUUGGGGGAGACCUAUGAAGCUGAUUUUCCUGAUAAAGGGCUCCGUUUUUUCUCAGAGAAGGUAAGUCAUCAUCCUAUGAUUGUUGCCUGUCAUUGUGACGGAACUGGGUGGAGAUUGUGGGGAGACAGCAAUUUGAAAAGUAAAUUUUGGGGCCGUUCUAUACAACUUGAUCCUGUUGGAAUUCUGACUUUAGAGUUUGAUGAUGGAGAAGUUUUUCAAUGGAGUAAGGUGACAACAUCCAUUUACAACCUUAUACUAGGAAAGCUAUAUUGCGAACACUAUGGUACGAUGCGCAUACAAGGAAAUCGGGAGUACUCCUGCAAGCUGAAGUUCAAGGAGCAGUCUAUUAUGGAUCGAACUCCUCGUCAGGUACAAGGUAUGGUGCAAGACAUAAAUGGGAAAACAGUGGCAACAUUGUUUGGGAAGUGGGAUGAAAGUAUGCAUUAUGUAAAUGGUGACUGCUUAGGUAAGGGGAAGGGAUCCAAUGCUGUCUCAGAAGCCCAAUUAUUGUGGAGGCGAAGCAAGCCUCCCAGAUAUCAAACCAGAUAUAACCUAACUCGCUUUGCAAUCACAUUGAAUGAGCUUACUCCUGGAUUAAAGGAGAAGUUACCACCCACAGACUCUAGGCUAAGGCCUGAUCAGAGGUACUUGGAAAGCGGGGAGUAUGAAAAGGCAAAUUCAGAGAAGUUGCGGCUAGAGCAAAGGCAACGACAGGCUAGGAAAAUGCAAGAAAGGGGGUGGAAGCCACGGUGGUUUGCCAAGGAUAAGGAAACCGACACAUACCAAUUUUCUGGAGGGUAUUGGGAAGCCAGGGAUCAGGGUAACUGGGAAUCGUGUCCUGACAUAUUUGGCCAAAUUCCUCCUGAGAUAUUGGACUGAGUGAGUAUACACAUCUGAAGCACUGCACUUGGGGUUGUCUAGAAUUCUUUUUCCGACAUAUACGGGUAGGAUAGUGAAGCACUGAUAGUUUUAGAGUCGAUAUAUGUGAAUUACAUGAUUGUAAAGUAAGUAUAUUAUUAGAUGUUGAUAGGUAAAACAAUAAAACAAUCCACUAUCUUCCAAUUCUUUUUGCCAUGGGCAUAGAUCGAUCUCCUGAUCCCAUUCUUAUUACACUACAAGUUCACAAGCAAUGGCCAGUGAUAUGGCCUUGCCUAGUAUAUUUGGCAAAGUGUUGUACUUAUAUCGCAUUGGCAAGAGCUAAAGUUAGCUGAAAUGCAGAAUUAUGAAAUGAUUUAUGCAUGGUAAUGAAAUGCCUGAUUCCAAAUUUUAGUUCUCA